GAAAGAGUGUGACUUGGAUGCGUGGAUCAAAUCUUUGCUGGUGACGGAGUCGAACCCCGUCGCAGCAGAGGACUCCUGGAAUGUGCGCCCUGUUGCGGGCAUGAUUCGUCGCCUUUGGUUGGAUGCUUGCGGACAAUCUUCUAGUGGGGUGGGGGUGGAAGCCAAGCAGCAAUCGACUCCCGCAAGCCUGUCCUUGCUUCCUUUAUCCGGGUCCGGGCAGCGCCUUGACGCUGCCGAGCGGGACAAGUUGAGAAAGAUGUUUGAGGGCAACUACCCGAGAACAGUCAUUAACGGAGCGACACUUCCUUGCCUUGGCUUUCUUUCUUGUGUGAAAGCCCAAUGCUCCGCUCGCGCCUGGGAGUGGAUUCCUUGGAAGAAGGGGUUGAGUGAGGGCGAUUCCCUGGCGGUCAAAAGCAGAAAAGGCAAGUCCGGUGACUUGCUGGAAAUUAUGUCUCAGGCUGCUGGCUUGGGCCAAGACGAAUGGGACUUGGAUUUGUCAAAUGCCCCGUUGAGGGUGACUUCAAUUCUGACAGUGCGCGCGCACGCGUACUGCAUGUGUGGUGUGGGACAUUUGUCCUCGUGGAUGCAAUACGUGCAAAAAUUCGUCAGUCACUACACAAAACCUGCUGGUGACGGUUUUCGCAUGCCGACUGCGAUUGAGGCUGAAAUGGCAGAUCGCGAAGUUGUGGGAGAAGUGUUCAGGAUGGUCUAUGAUGGUGUCUCCAUGGAUCGGGCACUCUUGUCUGUAGUGAAGGAUGAUUUGCUGCGCAUCCACUUGUUCUGCAAGCCCAAGCCGUUCAAGCAAAGAAAGGGAAAUCAGGGCCGCAGCAAUCUGGCAGUCGGUGGGGUUGCCAGCGCUGCUUUCUCUUGUGUGCCGCCUGUGAGCUUGCGUGAUGCGGAUGCGGCCGGCGUAGAUGAUUGCUGCUGCUUGGAUGAGAGCGUGGUGGAUGAAGUGGAAACUGGUAUUGUCAAACCGAUUGUACCGUCCGGGGUCUGGGAUGAGCGUGCAGUUGACGCUGCGGGUGACGACUGCGAGCUGCGCGUCUUUGACGCUCCUUGGAGGAGUGCAAGUGAGGAUGUGGAGUUCACGAAAUCCUUGAUCAUGAAAGAUGUGGAAGCUGGUUUUGCUUUCAUUCUUCCUGGAGGAGAGGAUGAGGCCCGUGCCAGGUGGGGCGACCAUGUAGCUGCUGGCAAGCUGAGGGUGGUGCGCGCCCCGGGCCGUAAGCCGCGGCUGAUCGGGGAUGGCAGCGUGAGUGGGGCAAAUGGUGCCUCAUGCAUCCCUGAGAAGAUGAGGCUGCCCGACCUGGAGGGUGUUCAGCGUUUCCUGUCUGAGGCAGAUUGCGCGGAGGCCUGGUGGUUGUUCUCUUUCGAUGUUCAGGGAGCGCAUAAGCUCGUGCGAGUCCGUGAAGAUGAGCAAGGAUUUAGCAUUUUCGUCCUGUUGGAAGAAAGUGUGCAUGGGCACGAGCUGGUGUGGAUUGGCUGGCGCUUCAAUGCGGUUGCUGGUGCCGCUUUCUUGCCAUAUGAGAAAGCGUCAAAGAUUGUGAAGGGUCUCCGGAAACUGUGUGACAAGGGUGUGGAGAUUGAUCGUCAAGAACUUGAGAAAGUGAUAGGCUUGCUGGUCUGGUUCUGUGAUGGUGCAUUCUGGCUGAGUCCUUGGCUCUCCUGCUUCUACAGAAUCCUGUGCAAGCCAAGGGUGGUCACUAGAAGGAUUCUUGCGUGUCAGUUUCUUGACGUGAUCUCAUCUUUGACGGAUGAAGUGAGAACAAGUUGCAAAUUCAGUGAUUGCGAUGUAGGCAAGGGAUGGAAGCUGCAUUCUGUCAACAACGUGGAGAUUAAAGGGUUGUCUUGCAGAGCUUUGCAGAUGCCAAGAGUGAAGCGUGGUUGUGUGAGCGCAGUGUUUUUCGAUUACAAUGCGCAGAAGACCAAGACUUCUUCUGAUUCCGCGCACGCGGCGCGACUAUUUUGCAAUGCAGUGGAGAGCUCGGUGUCCAUUCCGCUUUGUAUUCGUUAUGCAAACGAUGGUGUGGCUGCUGCUGAUGCGUUUGCUGACAGUGACGUGGCAAGAAUUGGAGGAUGGUGGUUACCACAAACUGGUGGCAGCAUUGCCGCAGGUGAUGCCUUUUGGUUCUCCGUGGUGUUGCCAAGAAGUUCGUGGCCGCGGUGUUUGCGAGUAGCUGGAUCCGAGUCCUUGCAGCGUUGCAUUGCAGCCUUCGAAGCAAUAGCGCAGCCAUGUUUGCUGCUGCUGCGUCACGAUCGUGGACAUAGCGAGUCAGGUGGGUUCAUGCUUCGAUUCUCGCAGUUGUGUGACAAUGCAGGCGGUGUUGCAGUUCUGAAGCGCAGGCCCACCCUGCGGUUGGGAUGA